GUGACCCUCACGAUUGCAACUCGCACACCUCCUGACGUCCUACCGAAAAUCGAUCAGACCGAACCGAACGCAAAUACUGUCAGUCGUUCAGCGCCAGGGCUCCCAGCACACGCAGAAAGCACAGCACUUAGCACCAACAGACAGAAGGAAACGAGACAGAGAGAUAAAUAGGAGAAGCUGAAGAGAGAAAGCUAAGUACAACCAUUUUCCACCGGAAGGACAAAAGCAAAUUCGUAGUUCCACCACCACCACCCCAAUCGCCGAAUAACAACGGGGUCACGUGCGCUGCCUGGCAACUAUAAUAACAACAACAAAUAACAAGCGAUAACAAUAAUACCAUCACCGCAACUGUCAAGGGACAGCGGCAACGGAAGCAGCGAUCGGGAAGAGCAAGAGGAGGAGGAAGAGGCGCAGGCGGAGGUAUCGUCACCGUCGUCGUCAUUACAAUCAUCAUCGUCGUCGUCAGCGGCGGUGGAAGAAGAGGAAGCAGAGUUGCCAUCGGAGUUCAGUCCGAUCGGAGGAAGCGCCGAGUCGAUCAUCUUCCCUAAAACGGGGACGCAAACAAGAGGCUGCUUCAAUUUCGAUUAUCACGUGCUAUGGAAGAUACUUCACGUUUUUCUGAGUAUCUGUUCGCCAAAAUGCCCGAGGAGAAUACCGUCAAGAUCGAAUGUACAGAACAUUCGGACAAAAAGGAGAUGACCGGCGCAAAGAAGUGGAUGUCGGAGAACCUGCUCCUCCUUGGGACGCUGCUUGGGGUUGCGAUCGGCGCCAUCAUAGGUUUUGGAUUGAGGCCGUGCAACCUUUCGCAGAGCUCGAUCAUGCUGAUCUCGUAUCCGGGUGAGCUCUUCAUGCGACUGCUCAAGCUGAUCAUCCUUCCGCUGAUCAUCUCGAGUCUGGUGGCAGGAAGUGCCAGCCUGAACGCUAAGCUCAACGGCCGGAUCGCCGUCAGGACGCUCAUCUACUUCCUGAUUACGUCCAUCAUCAACGCCAUCCUUGGAGUCGUCCUGGUAACGAUCAUACAUCCCGGUCAUCCAGGACUCAAAGAAACUUUAGGAGACGGCACCGAGAACAGAGGCGCCACCAGCAUGCUCGACAGCCUCCUGGAUCUAGGAAGAAACAUCGUAGCUGAUAAUAUAUUUCAAGCCACUUUCCAGCAGGCGCAUACGGCUUACAUCAACACGUCCGUGGUCACGUUCAACGCGGAGAAUGGCACGUUCGAUAGCUCCGAGCUCACGGAGAGGCAGAUCAAUUACAGAGCUGGAACUAACACUCUGGGCAUUGUGUUCUUCUGCUUGAUCUUCGGAACGAUUCUGGGAACGCUCGGGGAGAAGAGCAAGGUGGUGAUCGAAUUCUUCACCGUCACCUUCGAGGUUGUCAUGAAGUUCGUGACUGGCGUGAUGUGGCUGACGCCGUUCGGCAUAAGCAGCGUGAUCGCUGGAAAGAUCCUUUCCGUGAACGACCUGGCGCUUGUAAUCUCGAAUCUUGCGUGCUUCAUCGCUACCGUCGUUCUCGGCGUCUUCAUCUACCAGCUGAUAAUCAUGCAGCUUAUUUAUCUGCUAUUCCUGCGAAAGAAUCCUUUCAAGUUCUACGCAGGGCUCAUCCAGAGCACGUGCACAGCAUUCGCGACGGCCUCGACGGCUGCAGCACUUCCUAUCACCUUCCGCCUGAUGAACGACAAGUUGAAAAUAGACACGCGGAUCACCAGGUUCGUGCUUCCCAUAGGCUGCAACAUCAACAUGGAUGGGACUGCCCUCUUUGUGGCAAUCGCCUCCGUCUUCAUCGCUCAGAUGAACGGCAUCGAGCUGGGUUUCGGGGAACUGGUAACCGUUUGCUUUACCUCAACGGCUGCCUCGUUUUCAUCUGCGAGUGUACCAAGCGCAGCCCUAGUGUUGCUCCUAAUGGUCCUCUCAGCUAUUGACACUCCGGUCCAAGACGUCUCGCUGCUCUUCGCCGUAGACUGGAUUGUCGAUCGUUUCCGGACGACCAACAACAUGCUCGGCGAUUGUUACGCGGCGGCCGUCGUUGAACUCCUCUCCAAGAAAGAAUUAAUGGCUGCAGACGCCAUCUUACAGGAAUCCUCGUUGGAUUACGAGGACGGAAACUCGCUGAGGAAUUCCAUCAGCAAGGAUCUGGGCCCCAGCGAAAUUGUGAUAAGGGACGACAAGCGGAACGGCACUAACAACAUAUAGAGACUGUAUAUCAUAUUGGAACUGUAAUCUAUCAGAAAUUAACUAAUCUAGCAGCAACAAUAACUUUGAAACCAGACAACCGAUGAUUGAAAGGAGCGUUUGGUUGAGAUUCCAUAUCCUUUUUAUCCAGGUUUUUUAUGUAUUUUUUCUUCUUUUAAUUUCCGUUAAUCUCUAGCGGUUAGGGUAAUAUUACACAAACAAAUAAAAAAAACACCACCAAUCGGUAUAUAUAUUUACUAUAAUAUUAUAUUGUAUACAUCAACAAAAAAAAAGAGAGAGACACGAGGGAAUGAGGGGAAAAAUAACUAGUAUUAAUAGUGUAAUAAUGAUUGUUAUAGAUGCGCAUAUUUUAUUAAUGUAUUUUUAAAAUAUUAUACAUAAAAGAAUAAAAUGAAAAAAAAUAUUUGAAAAAAAACACACACACACACACACUCGAUGUAACUCGUGGAGCAUUUCGUACGGAGCAGAAACUAUUUAACUGAAGUGAUAACUAAUGAUGCAAUAAUGUUUAUUAAAUUCGUACACUCAUUACUUUCAUAUUAAUAAUAAUAAUAAUAUUAGAAAUACAAAAAUACAUUUAAAAAAGACAAGAAAAGGUUAGAGCAGUUACGAUUAUGAAAACAACAAUUACUUGAACUAGCAAUAAAUUAAUACACUGAA